GUUGGCCCUUAAAACCCGGCGCAUUUCCACCAUCCGCUCUCGGCUUUUAAAACGACGAUGGGUUGCUGCGGCGACGAAGAAAACGACGACGAUCUCAGCUCCGCCGCCACCACCGAAACCCUACACGACACGUCCUCCUCCUCAGACUCCACCACCUUAUCUCCGAUGAACUCUCACUUCUCCGCCCUGGCUUGCCGCGACACCCUCCGCCUCAUCUUCGAGAAGCUUCCGAUCCCCGACCUCGCUCGCUCUAGCUGCGUCUGCCGCGCGUGGAACUCCGUCGCCUCUGAUCAAGAGAUCGUCGCCAACGCCUUCAAAUCGCCGUGGAAGCUGAAGGACGUCGUCGGGAAACCCGCCUCCGGAAGCUUCUGGAGAGAUAACAGCAUCGGGAAAUUCGCCAUCUCUCACCGAAUUUCCCGCGGCGAUAGCGUCGCUAGCCUCGCCGUCAAGUAUUCCGUUCAGGUGGUGGAUGUAAAGCGCUUGAAUAACAUGAUGAGUGAGCAUGGGAUAUACUCGAGGGAGAGGUUGUUGAUUCCAAUAAGCGAUCCGGAAAUGCUUGUGGGAGCUACCUGCUAUGUUGAGGUGGAUCCCUGUGCUAAGAGAGAGGUUGCAGUGUUGUAUUUGGAAGAUGGUCCUGACCAGAAAGCAAUCGACUCUUGCACUUUGUCGCAGAAGAAUGCUGAAAGCAGUGGGGCGAAUUCUGAACUAGGCAAGAAGAGGGUUCUUGAGUCUUUGAGGAGAAGCAUGCAGGUUGAUGAUGCCACUGCACUGUAUUACUUGUCCAUUGCUGAUGGGGAUCCGAGAGCUGCAUUGUCUCAAUUCUCGCAGGACCUUAGAUGGGAGAGUCAUUCGGCUUUUGCUUAAAGCAAUAAAAGCAUUGCAAGCAAGUCUUUCCAGUUGUGUAUGUUCCAAGAUUACUACUCUAUAUCAAUGAAUAAGUGUCCGUCGUCUUAUAAAGUAUUGUAAAUCUCUACCUGAGUUGUAACUUGGGAUUGUACAUUCCCAUUGUUAAAUGUUUGUGAUAAUAUAUAAAUGUUCAGUAAGAUAAACUCAAUUGGUUGA